AUGGCAACAACAGCAACUUCGCGCGACGUCGGCACUCUAGUUGUGGUUGUACUGAAAGCGAAAAACCUUCCAAAUAAGCGACACAUAGGGAAGCAGGACCCGUAUUGCUCAGUAACGUUCAAUGCAGAGAAGAAGAGGACGAAGGCCAUCAAGCGCGGUGGGCAGCACCCUGAGUGGGACGAGGAGUUUCGAUACACGCUCUACGAGGAUCCAAACGACAUGACUGCACCACCGCCUCACGGAGAUGGUACCCCUCCCCCUCCCCCUCCCAAAAAGAACAAGGGUCCUCCCAGCGUGAAGGGUGGCCGAUCGAUGUUAGUCGCCUGCUACGCAGAUGAUGCACGCGAGCCGGAUUUCAUUGGGGAGACAAAUGUGGAUUUGACGGAGGUGCUGACGAAGGGUGAAACCGAUGAGUGGUUCACUCUGACGAACAAAGACAAGUACUGUGGAGAAGUAUAUCUUGAGCUUACAUUUUGGUCGAACGAACCCGUCCCUGUCAAGAAAGUGACAGGGAAGCCGAACGGGAAGAGUCACAAGCACUACGGUGGCCCUGGUCAAUUCGUGCCAGCAGGAGAGUCCCCACCUCACAACAGCAUUGACUUGCGCCCAGAACAUGUGCCACCAUCGCUACGGCCGUCGAGUUCUCGCGUCGAUCUGUAUGUGCCACCGUACGAAACUUCCAGAUCCCGCCAUUCUAUGGUGGAUAGCGUGGCUGGUGAUUUCGCGGAGCUGAGUGUUGGGCAUGAUGUGGAUCGCAGACUGAGCUUUCCGCCUCAGCAAUCCGGUUUUGCAUCCCGUCCCGCGUCGUCAAUUGGCUUCCAGGACCAACGAGCCGUCUCCCCUCAACCAGGCCACGAUUAUCAUCAGGGCACAUAUCCAGAUGGUGGAGGAAACUACUACGAGGGAGCCGCCACACCUCCAGUGGCAAAUGCAUAUCACCAAGGGCCGCCGCCAGAGCAGUAUCAGCCACCAUACGAGACAUUGCAGCCUGCUGCAACUGGAUACCAGGUCGUACCACGGCACGGACCUAGGCACACAACGCCUACGCCGCAGAACUAUGGACCUCCGGCAUCGCAUAUGCUCAUACCGUCGUCCAGCUUUUCGACGUUGCCCCAACCACCCAUCGCCUCGUCUGGCUUCAUCGCUACUGGGCCACCUCCAACGCCCACUCCUGCCCCGUACCAUCGAUCCUCGCGUCGCCAGUCCUCGCUACCCAUUCCUCCUGCUGGAGGCCCCCCUGGGAUGUAUAACCCGUCUCAGCGCGGUCCAUCCGGGUCCUUUAACCUGCCACCACCACCGCAGACGGGCCCUCCCGCGACAUACAAUGGAUCUACUUUGAGGGCUCCUUCUGGUUCGUACACUGCGCAAAGCCAAGGGGCGCUGUAUACGCAGCCUACGGGCAGCUCGUCGCAUUCCUACAACCUCCCACCGAUACAGCAGACGGUGUACGGUAGCCCAGGUGGUGUGAGCCCCGGCGAAGCACCGGCAAGUCUGUACAGCUCUAUUCCUCCACCACCGCCAUUGCCGUCUCAGACGACGCCAGCGCCAUAUGCAACACACGGUCCACAGCCACCUGUAGCUGGGACCUCGCCGUCGUUGCCCCCGCCGCCCUCGCAGUACCAGCAAGCACCAAUGCCGAGUCGUUCGCCGUCCCUGCCCCCGCCACCGCAGAACAUAACCAGACGACCUAGUCUCCCGCCGCCGCCUACCAUGGGCUAUGCCAGUCAGCCACAGUCUGCAUUCCAGGCACUCCCACCGCCUCCGGCACCGCCGAGCAUGCCGCCGAAUACCCACUAUGAGUCGAUUUCGAGCUACAUGCCGGUGAGCGGUAGUCAGACGUUCCAUCCCGGACCGCCACCGAGGCCUCCGGCGCAGCUCAACGGCCAGCCCCAAUACCACCAAUAUUCUCCGAAUCCGCAAGCGUCGUACGGAGGCCAGUCACCUAUCGCAGAGAGGGGUUGGUAA